CCCACUCAUUAUCUUUGUUGCUUAAAGCUCAUGCCCUCUCCCAGCUAGCUCCUACCCCUUAUUCUCUCUCUCAAAUCAACCACAUCAAUUCUCAAAGCAAAAUUCCCUUCCCCUUGUUGCUCUAAAAAAGAAAGCAAAGAAAACCUAGACACACACCCUCUCCUCCAAAUAUAGCCCAUUGUGAGAAUGAGAGAAGACCCACCAAAGAGACAUUAAACCAUAACACUCACUGAUCACAGUCUGUCUCAUAAAAACAACUACCAUACUUACACCCCCCAACACAACAAUUACAAAAAAUACAAAAAAAACAGCAACCUUAACCCCUUCGAUCAAUUCACAUGCGAUCAUGGAGGGAGGUAGUGAUGACUUCCACUACCACCACCAUCUCCAUAACCAUAACCACCACCGACAAAACUUCCCAUUCCAACUACUUGAGAAGAAAGAAGAUCCCCAAGACCCUUCUUCUUGCUCCACCUCCUCCCCAUACCCUUCCUUAGCCAUCUCAGCUGAACCCUCUACUUCCAACAACAACAACCAACUCCUCCCCACACCCUCCUCCGAACCCUCCCCCAAAAAACCACCCCCUAAAAGAACCUCUACCAAAGACCGGCACACGAAGGUCGAUGGCCGCGGCCGUCGAAUUCGAAUGCCGGCUCUCUGUGCCGCCAGGGUGUUCCAGCUCACGCGUGAGCUGGGACACAAGUCUGACGGCGAGACGAUCGAGUGGCUUCUCCAGCAGGCGGAGCCAUCCGUCAUCGCCGCCACCGGAACCGGCACUAUCCCGGCCAACUUCACCUCCCUCAACAUCUCCCUCCGCAGCUCCGGCUCCUCCAUGUCUGUCCCUUCCCAGCUUCGAUCCAGCUACUUCCACAACUCAAGCUUCUCCCUCCAACCUAGAAGAAGCUUAUUCCUAGAAAACACCAACACCAACACUCCCAACACAACAACAACAACACUCCUCAAUUUCCAAUCCAACAACAACAACAACCCCAUCUUCCAAAUCCAACCCAAGCACGAAUUGCGCGAAUCUUCAUCACUAGACCUGUCCUCAGAGAACAACAACAACAACGAAGAGGGUAAUUUGGGAAGAAAAAGAAGACCCUUGGAGCAAGACCUUUCCUCAACUAUGCAACACCAAGUUGGAAUUGGAAACUAUUUGAUGCAAUCAAGCACUACUUCGGGGACAAUUCCGGCGAGCCACCACGCUCAAAUUCCGGCGAAUAUAUGGAUGCUAGCGAAUUCAAAUAGCCACCACAACCAAGGUGGUGGUGUGAGUGUGAGUGGUGGUGAAGCUCCUCCUUUGUGGACAUUCCCUGGUGGUGUGAGUAACAGUGCUUUGUAUAGAGGAACCAUGUCAAGUGGGUUGCAUUUCAUGAACUUUCCAACCCCAAUGGCACUUUUGCCAGGUCAACAAUUAGGGUCUUCUGGGAUUGGUGGUAACAUGAACGAAGGGCAUUUGAACAUGCUUUCGGGGCUAAACCCUUAUCGGACGACGGUGAUCGGAGUUUCGGAGUCUCAGGCGAGUGAGUCACAACAGUCCCAUCAUGGUGGAAGCGAGGAUCAACAUGAAUGAAUGAAUGAUAAUUAACAACAUAAGAGGGUCAAUCAACGUGUUCUUCAUUCUUCGAUUGUUGAUUCCUACAUGUGUAGUUGUUUGGUGUUUUAACACAACGUGAUGACGUGAGGUUUGAUUAUUAUUUGCCCUACGGAAUUGAGUUUUGUUUAUUUUGAUGAAAAGAUAAUUUAUUUUUAUUUUUAUUUCUUUGGUGUGGUUAAUAUGUUGGGAAGAGGUGGGUGGUGGGUGGUGGGUGAUGGAAGAAGAGAGAAGAAGAGUUUUUUUUUUUUUUUUAGGGUUUGAGAGAGAUAUGAAUGACACUAUUUAACAGUUGGAUAUUAUUUGGCUUUAUUUCACUACACGAUAUCUUAUCAUCAUUGUUUGUGCAA